AUUCAACAUGGCUGCACAGAGUUUGCGGUUGCUACACGCUCAGCUUCUGUGUCACCAGCUGUUCACUGCAACUCCUGGCAAUAGAUCGCUGGCAGUGACUGCAAUCACCAGACAACCACUGCUUUUUCCUUGUCACAAGGAGACUGCCAUCUUAUUUUAUUUGAGUGUGACUGGGGCCUUAUCCAUAUUGUCUUAACUUUGUUGGCCUUUUCUUUUACCUUUACACACAGAGGUUGUGUAAGGAGCCACACACAUUUCAAGGUUUUUUUUUGGUUAAUAAUUGUUUACCUGUUUAAUGGUUUGCAAUGUUGCCUCAUAGCAAUAAUGUCCCAGGUUCAUUUCUGAUCUGUUCCUUUCUGUGUGCAUUCUGCAUGUUCUUCCUGUGUUUGUGUGGAUUCCCACUGGGUGGUGGGGGUUCCUCCCUUUUCCAAAGACAAGUUUGGUGAACUGGUGACUCUAAACUGACCAUGAAUGAGUUUGUUUGUCUGUAUGUGUUGGCCCUGUGAUAGAUUGGCAGCCUUUCCAGGAUAUACACAGCCUCUUGCACAGUGUUCCCUGGGAUAGGCUCCAGCCAACCAUGACCCUGAACUGGAAUAAGCCAGUGUAGAAAAUGAAUGAAAGAGUUGUCCUCUCACGCCACUUGGAUCCGGAAUCGACAUUACAUUUAACAAACAAACUACCAUGCAACUAAGGAAGGGUCUGUUUGUCUACUGGUAAAAAGUUUGCAUGGGUGGAUAUGGUCAGGUCAGAUCUGGGAGCGUGAGCUAGUUUCUGCAUCCACCACACCGGGGAACAAUCUUGUCUCCUCGAUGACCAUUCAAGAUGUUUUGAUGGUCGACUGGACUUCUAAAGACUAGUGUGUCCCAAAUAUUAUGGCUUUUUGUCAGCCACAUCCAAGGUGCCCACCAGCACCACCUUGAAAAAUUAAACUUUUGAACCAGAGCACCAAGAAUCAUGUAUGAAGACAAUUUUUUGGUAAAUCUACCCCAGUGAUUCCAAUUUCGGUGAUAGAGUGGGUCAGUUUUGUGCCAAAUUGACCAAAUUGUAAGACCACAAAGACCCAUAAGAAUUCACGUGCAUGACUCAGUGCCAAACAUAUAAGACAUAAAAUUUGCUUUACAUUAUCUUAUCAUUACCUUUUACCUAUACACACGUAGGGUGUGUUGUGUGUAAUGACCCUUGUACCCAAACAACAACUAUAAAUCAGAGUUCAGUUUUGUUGGGUUAAUAAUUGUUUUCCCAGGAGGGAAACAAAGGUUCUGAAAAAAAAUUUGCCCGUGACAUACAGUCGCCAUGGAACCGGAGAAGAGACUGUGUGGCUGCAUGCUGCUGUUGUUUUGCGUGAGUGGAUACGGACAUGGAGGUAAUGUUUUGGUGUGGUACACUGAAGGCAGCCAUUGGAUUCAUACAAAGCCUCUGCUGGAGAAGCUGAUUGACAGGGGACACCAGGUGACAGUCCUGGUCCCCAGCACAUCCUUUUUCAUGGACACCAAAGAGCCGUCCCGCUUCCGUUAUGAACCUUUUGACAUCUCUGUCACUAUGGAGGGCUUGGAAGAAAUGUCACAAAAGUUCUUUCAUUUCUUAAUUUAUGAGGUAGAUCAAAUGAACUACUUUCAGAUUUACCUCAAAUUCAUGGAUAUAUUCAAGAUGCAUCUUGGCUUGUCUUUGAAAUAUUUGGAUGGUGUGCUGAAAUCUGACACCGUCAUGGAAAAACUGAAGGAUGGAAAGUACAACCUUCUGUUGGCUGACCCCAUCUACCCCGGCAGUAAUUUAUUGGCAGAUAUACUGGAUGUCCCUGUGGUCCUCUCUCUGCGGUUUUCCUUAGCCCAUAACUGGGAGAGGCAUUGUGGCCAGCUACCUGCUCCACCUUCCUUUGUCCCUGCUGCUGUGAGCAAACUGACUGACAAGAUGACCUUCUCAGAGAGAGUGUGGAACUUUCUCAUCUAUGCCUUGAAUGAUGUUUUAUUGAGUCAAAUAUAUUGGAGACAGCUAGACAGUUACUACUCAGAGAUCAAAGGGAAGCCAGUCAGUGCCUGUGAAAUGAUGGGCAGAGCAGACAUCUGGUUGAUGCGAACUUACUGGGAUUCUGAAUUCCCACGUCCUUUCCUUCCAAACUUCAAAUUUGUUGGUGGAAUGCACUGCAGACCUUCUAAACCCUUACCAGAGGAUAUGGAAGAGUUUGUGCAGAGUUCUGGAGAUCACGGCAUUGUGGUGUUCACCCUAGGUUCCAUGAUCAAAAACUUCACAACAGAAAAAGCAAACGUGAUCGCAGCAGCACUUGCACAACUCCCACAGAAGGUGCUAUGGAGAUACAGCGGAGAUAAGCCUGAGACUCUUGGAGCCAACACCAGAAUAUAUGACUGGAUCCCUCAGAAUGACUUGCUGGGUCAUCCGAAGACAAAAGCUUUUGUCACUCAUGGUGGCUCAAAUGGGCUUUAUGAGGCCAUCUACCAUGGAGUUCCCAUGGUGGGUAUCCCCCUGUUUGGUGAUCAGCCGGACAACAUGGCCCACAUGAAAGCCAAGGGAGCUGCAACUACUGUGAGCCUGAACUUCAUGAAGAGAGAGGACCUCAGAGAUGCAAUCAAGACUGUCACUGAUGACAAAUCGUACAAAGAGAAUGCCAUGCGACUCUCCAGGAUUCACAGAGACAGGCCCAUUGAUCCUAUGGAUGAGGCCAUAUUCUGGAUCGAGUUCACCAUGAGAAACAAAGGGGCCAAGCACUUGAGAGUCCAGGCUCAUGAGGUCACCUGGUACCAGUACCACAGUCUGGAUGUCCUGGCCUUUAUCCUGGCUGUUGUUUUGUUCCUUGUUCUGAUGUUUAUUAAAAUCUGCAGUUAUUGCCUCGGCAGGUGCUGCAGAAAGAAGGGAAGGAGGAAGAGAAAGGCUGAGUAACUGGCUCAUCUGAAAUCUAGUUGUACCAGCAAAUAUUUACAACAUGUGUCAGCAUAAACUGUGGAGGGAUAGAGAAGGAUUUUCAACAAAGAAGGCUUUAAUCUAUGCCAGCCAUCACUGGGCGAAAGGUAGGGUAUACCCUGGACAGGCGACAUCAGUAUUGUCCAAAAUGUUCCAGAAGGGGCCAAGAGGGUGCAGGUUUUCGUGAAAUCACCUGCUGGAGUCAGUGGCUGCAAAGAAAAUGUGCACCCUCUAUGCCCUUUCUGGAAUACUUUGGACAUCAUUGGGCUUCAUGGUAAGCUGCCAUACUGUUUGAAUUUUUUAAUGGAGGGACUGUGGAUAAAAAUGACCAAAAUUACUUAAUGGUACGGUGCAUCUGGAAAGUAUUCACAGCGAUUCACUCUUUCCAUAUUUUGUUAUGUUACAGCCUUAUUUAAAAAUGGAUGAAACUGAUUUUUUCCCUCA